AUGGCGGUGGUAGAGAAGGAGCAUGAAGGACCGGUGGUUGAGAGCGGCGAGCAGAACGAUUCCGCCGUUGUACCAUCGGCGGCUGCUUCCGGCGACGGCAGCGAGAAGAAGACGAAGAGUAGGGGUUUGUUCUCGCGGAUUUGGAAUGUGUUGUUUAGGGUUAAAGGAGACGAUUUCGAGAAGAUGCUUAACGACAUCUCAAAGGGAGAAGCGACUGUUCGUUCCAGGAUGACUCGCAGAUCGAUUACGAGGAGGAAUUUCAUUAGAAAUCUCAUCGCUUUCUCUGUCUUUUUCGAGGUAAUUGCGGUGGGUUAUGCAAUCAUGACGACUAGAGAUGAGGAUUUGGAUUGGAAACUGAGGAGUUUCAGGAUCUUCCCGAUGUUUCUCUUACCUGCGAUUGCCUCUCUUGCAUAUUCCUCAGUCGUUAGCUUCACGAGGAUGUGUGACCGCAGAGAUCAAAGUACCUUGGAAAAGCUUCAAGCUGAGAAGCUAGGAAAGAUGAAUGAGUUGAAAGAGAAGACCAAUUAUCUCACCACACUUGAUAUCAUUCGUAGGUUUGACCCUGACCCAGCUACAAGGGCCGCUGCUGCAACUAUUCUGGCAUCAAAGUUGGGUGCUGAUUCAGGCUUGAAAGUAUUUGUACAAGACGAAUCCCAACUUGACAACUCCACAGGGAAGAGCAAGGACGUGGACGCCAAACACUCAACAGGGCUCAGGAACCGAAGGCAACCGAAUACAAGACGCAACAUUCCUGGGACAACUUCAACCGAUCAUUCUGAUAACGACUCCAACCAUUCUGGAUCAAGCGAAAGACUCAGCGAUGCAGAGCAAAACCAGCAGAGGGUGUUUGAACAUUUCAAUCCUCAGGGAUAUGCUGCUCAUGAUGGUAGCUGGAUCUCACGCAUUGCGGCUCUCCUUGUGGGUGAAGAUCCAACUCAGUCAUAUGCACUCAUCUGCGGAAACUGUCAUAUGCAUAACGGACUCACUCGGAAAGAAGACUUCCUGUACACUACUUACUACUGUCCUCAUUGUCAAGCUCUGAACAAGCCGAGACAUUCAGAAGAGCAUCCACUUAUUGCUCCUGCUUAUACACCAGUCCCUACAGACUCUCUGAAGCCAAUGGAAAGCGAAGUGAUCAAUAGCAGUACCUCGACUAGCGAACGCGGUAACAGUCCAAUCCCUUUGUUAAGCACUCCAGAGGUUGUGGAAGAAGCAGAGGAAGAAGCAGAGAAUGGGACACCGAGCUGA